CAGACGGACUAUUGGCGUACAUCGACGCGGUUUUCCAUUUGACAAGCUCUCAUGCAGAGUGUCGCAUUACUGUCUGGAUUUAAUAUCGAAAGAACUAAGGCGUAUGCGAGAAUUGAGUACCGAUGUCUACGAUCGCUGUGGUUGUGUGGUUAGAUCAACACAUCAGAUCCCCUGUGCAUGUGAGCUGCGAGCGGUGGUCGAUUCAGGUAACCCGAUCAGCCUUGACAGUAUACACCCGUUUUGGACGAAACUUGUUAUUCUCGGCGAUGGGUUGGACACAUCUGCGCAACCCGAUUUUGCUGGUUUUCAGACUGAGGAACAUCAGUAUUUUCACGAGGUCGCCGACGAGGUCAUGACUAAGGAUCCUUCAGUGUUGCGUGAUAUUUCUCGUAUUGUUCGAGAGCGACUUCACCCCGAAGACUUAGGCUACAUGGAACCAGAAGUUAAAAUAAAUGUCAAAGGUCGACCAAAGGGGAGCAAAUCAACGAAGCGGGAUCCGAGUCGUCAUGAGUACAAGGACCGUGUACCUGGUCGUCCUAAAUCUUCCAAAGCUCAGAAAAAUCGUACAUCCGCGUCAGCUGGUUUGCAAAAUGCGGAGGUUAUUCCAGGAUUCCUUUUACCAUUCGUUGACGAGCUUGUGGACGUGCGUGGAGACGGCAACUGUGGAUUUCGCGUGGUGGCAGACCACAUAUAUGGUGACGAGAAGAUGUGGGGAAUGACUAGAAUGAACAUUGCAAACGAAAUCUCCGCCCACCCUAAUCGAUACGAAGGUAUUUUCAUUGAUGGGUUGCAAGCGGCCAUUACACGUAUUAGCUGGGAAGGCGGCGAGUGUGGCCCUAGCUACUGGAUGCAGGUAUUGGAUGACUUGUUCCCUAUUGCCACUAUCUUCAAUGCAGCUGUUAUUUACAUACAAGGCGGGACGCUACAACAGACGCGGUUCUCUUCGUUUACUGUUCUGCCUUUGCAUUCCUCUGAGGUUCACUCACGACCAUCGCAGGAGAUAGUGAUAUUGUAUAUUAGUGGACGCGCACAUUUUGUUAGGUUGAAUUUGCAGGAUAAUUUUCCUGUCCCACCAAUUCCCACCCUGUGGUUUCAGCACAGGGACCAUACUGUUCAGUCUUGGCAUACUUUAUAUGCUAAUAGGAGAGAGCAAUGGGAUAGUUUGAUAGGUAUGGCAGAUUGAGUUGAUUGUAAAAUGUUUAUUCGGUAAUUAUGCUGAUUGUGUGUUUUAUUAUUAUACGUGUAAUAUUUUU